AUGAACACCAGUUCAAUAUUUUCCGACAUUUACGGUUUCGGUGAAGAACUAGAUAAAAUCAAUUACGAUGGCAUAUCCAACUGGUUCUUUUCAUUUAGAUCAUUAUUUACCGUAUACUCGGCUCAUUUUUCAUAUUUUUUGGUUUUCGUUUGCAUUAACGUUUGUGCCGUUAUAAGUUACAGACACUCUGCUGAAAAUGGUAAAAAAUAUAAACAAUAUCUUUUGGGUGCUUUGAUACAUGGUUUGAUAUCAGAAAGAGGGGUUUUAUUUACUAAAUAUUGGUAUGCUCAAGCUCCGAUUAUGUUUUUUGGAAAACAAUUACCAUUACACAUAAUCCUUUUGUAUCCAGUUCAAAUUUAUCUAUCAACAAUGGCUGUACAAAAAAUGGAAUUAAGCAUUUGCACUGAAUCAUUUGCAAUUGGUCUACUAGUCAUGCUACUGGACAUACCAUACAAAAUAAUAUCAGUUAAAUUUUUACAUUUAACCUAUCACGAUACUGAACCAUCUUAUUAUUAUAAAUUAUGUGGAGUCCCCUGUGUUGAAAUAUUAAGUACUUUAUUAUAUUCAACAAGUUAUGUAGCUUUUUAUCAUAUGGCACAAUAUAUCAAUUCAAGAGAUGUAACAACAAUUUGGGACAAUUCAGAGCCUACUCAAAGAGAAAAAAUAACAACUGUGUUGAUCAAAAGGAAAAAAUAUUUAUGCGUUGAUGAGGUGGCAAGAAGGAAAAAUUUCAUAUAUAGUUUUGAUUGUUUGGACAACGGACCGCCAUGUUUUACCGUUGUUUGGUACACUAUAUGCGGAACGGUUAUAAGUCAAAAAUUUCAAUUUUUUAUUAACAUAAUUAGUUUUGUCAUGUUGAUAACAUCGAUAUUUGCUAAAAUAUUAUUCGACGAUUUAAAUUUUAAUGAUUUUUUUAUCGUUAAAAAAAUUAACGAAUAUCGACAUAGACGUGAACCCGAAGUCGAACGUACUUCAGAAGGUCCCUCAUCAACACCGCAAGAAGAAGAAGUUACCGUCGGUUUUGUUUUUGUACGACAAACAACUCCAACAACGACAACCAGAAGAACGAAAUACAUAAAAAAAGAACAACGUUAA